AUGGCAGACGACGAAAUAGCAACCAGAGCUCCCGAAAGCGAUUUGGCCGAGCAGAGUGCCAUUCCAGGCGACUCGGCCGUCGACCAAGGCCCAAAACCAACCUCCACCUCCCAAACCCCGACCGGUGAAAUCACCAAAUUCAAUGACAUCGAAUGCUACAUCACAAAACCCGCCGACUACCCCCACGCCCCCUGCAAACUCCUCCUUUUCUUGACGGGUGGUACUGGCAUACACGCCCCAGCCAACAAACUCCAAGCCGACGCCUAUGCCGAACAAGGAUACCUCGUCAUCAUGCCCGACCAAUUCAACAACGAUCCAGCACCCAACUCUGUCUUUUCUGCCGGCGACGACAAGACCAGUUUCCUCGAGCAGUUGAAAUUGAGAGCUGCUGAGGUUGCAAAGAGCUUUAGAUUGGAUAUGUGGUUGGCAAGACAUACACCUAGCUCUGUCUUGCCGAGACUGAACAAGGUUUUGACUGCUGUCAAGGAUGAGUUCGCCGAUGCUGUACAAGCUGGUGGCGGUGUGUAUUGCGUUGGUGUCAGUGUCGGUGGCAGAUUUGCGCUCUUGCUGGCUAGCGAGCUGGGAGCUGAUGUGCUGGAGGGUCAGACGGAGGUCAGUGAAGAGGCAGCUGGCAAGGCCGAGGAGGGCAUGAUCAGAAAAGGUCCUGCUGUCAAGGCUGCUGUCAUUCUUCAUGGCGCAACCAUUGAGCGUGAAGACUUCCAUGGUGUCAAGAAUCCUAUUGCUCUUUUGACUGUGGACGAGGAUCCUCUAUUUAGCGACGAGGUGCGCGAGGCUGGCCUCAAGACUUUGAAGGAGAAGGGCGUUGAGGUCCAAGAAUGGACUUAUCCUGGAGUACCACACGGCUUUGCAGUUGUUGGCGAGUACCAAGAUGAAGCCAUCAAGCAAGCUCAGAAGCAAUCCUUCGAAGUUGUCCUCGAAUGGCUGAAGGUCCACUGA